AUGGUGGAACACGCACUCGUGGAUUGCUCCCAGGCGAGCGCCAUGCAAACCCUGCCGCCACAGCCACACCGCGAGGAUGAAGAUCAACUCGCCGAUGAGUAUGUUCAAAAUUUUGAACUCGACCAUCUUGAAGACCAUCAUGUGGUAAAACGAGAACCUUUACGCACUGGAUGGAAUGAACUCGUCGAAACACCACCUGCCUGCGCUCGCGCUUGUCGUCCUUGGCCCGAUGCAGGGCCCUACCCGCAGCCGCACGUUGCUAUUGCCGUUGAUCCUAGCACACCUCCAGAAACACCACCAGCUCCCAUCGGAAGGAGCCCCUGUCGCGCAGCUCUAGUUGACGACGUACUAUGGCUGCCACAUAUGAGAGAACCACUGGAUAUGCGGACUGUUCCAUGUGGAAGUUUUGAGGAAUGGGACAGACGAGAGUGGAGAGAGCAGGAUCACCACAUCCAGCAAGUAGCCUUGCGACCGGCGAGCUCUUGCUCCGCAGUUUCCCCUCGUAAUAGUCAGCACCAAGGUUAUCAGCCUUCUUCAUGUGGCGACGAUCUCAUAAGCGAUGAUCUACUUAUGACUCUCAGUGUGCGUGAACUCAAUAAACGACUACAUGGAUUUCCUCGAGAGGAUGUGACGCGAUUAAAACAAAAACGCCGUACGCUUAAAAACCGGGGUUACGCACAAAACUGUCGCAGCAAGAGACUUCAGCAGCGGCAGGAACUGGAGCUUACCAACAGAUCGCUGCAAGACGAGCUGCACCUGUUACAGUUGCAAGUGGCACGUGUUACCCACGAACGCGAUAUGUUAAAGCAACGGCUGGCGCUGGUGGGACGUGAACAUGCUGUUCCGCAACACGCACCGCCCACGCCGCACUCCUCACCUGAGUUCUUCUCGGAGCUGUGA